GCGCGCGCCGGUGCGGAUGCGUGCGUGAGCGUGCGCGCCUCCGCCGCCUCUGCCGGUGCCGCUCCCGCGCCCUCUGCCGCUGCCCCCGCCGCCGCCGCCGCCGCCGCCACCACCUCUGCCCGGGGUCCCUGAGGCGCAGCCCCGGCUGAGGAGCGCACCGGCCGGCUGCCCACCAGCGUCGCGGAGCAGAGCGGGCGGGGCGGACGGGCGCGCGGACAGACUAGCCUACCAUGGCUGACCAGCGACAGCGCUCACUCUCUACCUCUGGGGAAUCGCUGUACCAUGUUCUCGGGCUGGACAAGAACGCAACCUCAGACGACAUUAAAAAGUCCUACCGGAAACUGGCCCUGAAAUAUCACCCGGACAAGAACCCUGACAACCCGGAGGCUGCAGACAAGUUCAAGGAGAUCAACAACGCGCACACCAUCCUCACGGACGCCACGAAGAGGAACAUCUACGACAAGUACGGCUCCCUGGGGCUCUACGUGGCCGAGCAGUUCGGGGAGGAGAACGUGAACACCUACUUCGUGCUGUCCAGUUGGUGGGCAAAGGCCCUGUUUGUCUUCUGCGGGCUCCUCACCUGCUGCUACUGCUGCUGCUGCCUGUGCUGCUGCUUCAACUGCUGCUGCGGGAAGUGCAAGCCCAAGGCGCCCGAGGGCGAGGAGACCGAGUUCUACGUGUCCCCCGAGGACCUGGAGGCGCAGCUGCAGUCGGACGAGCGGGAGGCCACAGACACGCCGAUUGUCAUACAGCCAGCGUCCGCCACAGAGACCACCCAGCUCACGGCCGAGUCCCACCCCAGCUACCAUACCGACGGGUUCAAUUAAGUUCAGGAGAAGCUGUGACGUGCGGAUCAAUCAGCACCGGCCACUUCGACCUUAGCAUCAUGAACUGUAGUCACAGAGGCGGGAGGGAGCCGCUCUGGCCCGGGAAGGACCCUCUGCCCCUGUGCUCACCCACCCGCCAACCCCAACACGUGAAGUGCGUAGCAUGCAGUAUUUAAAGCAGUUUAGCUACGGUCGCCGUCUUCUGUUUUUCCUUUCUAAUAGCAUGUGUGGGGUCUGUUCCAUGUCUGUCUGUGUUGUGGACGUGCUGCAGCGAGACCGCAUAGAGCAGUGGCGGCACCGCCUGGGCUGUCAGGUCGCUGCCAUGAGCUGGCCACGUGGUGUGGUGUCCCCAGCAGGUGGGAGGGGCCGCCCUGCUCCGUGCUCCUGUGCCGGGGCAGGUGCUGCCUGCAGAGCUGUGGUCUGGUCCAGUAGGGCCUCUGCACUGUCACGUCCCCGGGUGUUGGUAGCAAGGACAGUUCGUGCAGCUGCUGCUCACCUUGUGUGCAUGGCCUUGUGACGGGACUUUUCCGGGGGUGAGGGUGUUGUGGGGACUGUGGGAGCUCCUGAUCUGAGACCUCCUCUCAGCCUGGAUCUAGCCUGAGUCCCCUGUGCCACGAGCUGGGUCGAUGGCCACAACCGGCGUCUCCCCUCUCCUUUCUCCGCGUCAGCCUCCGCGUCCCUCCAGGCCCUGUGGCCUCUUGGUAACCAUUUUGGAUGUCGAAGCACCACAGUGGCAGCUGCGGCCCAGAUCGCCAGUCAGGCUGAGUCCAGGCUGCAGGUGGCGCCUGGCUGCCCAGCCUCCUCUCUGCUUCCCGAGCCCCUGCCCCCCCUCUUCCUGCAGCUGCUCCGGGUCCUGGGGAGGUCGCGGGGUCAGAGGCACACUUGGCGUGGGAGAGGUGGCCCCGGGGGCCUGGUGCCCUAGGCUUGUGAGCCAGCAGCCAGACCGGGGUCUCACUGCUGCUGCGGGCAGAGCCUUUUGUGAACUGCUGCACGUCCGUCCUUCCUUCCGGCCCAGGCCUGGUGGGUGGUGCCCCUGCUUUGGAGACUGAGGAGAUGUGGGUUACGAUGUACCAAAUAGCAGAUUCCCUGCUGGCCCUACACCAGCCUCUGGAGGCUCACGGGGCCCCCGUGGGCCUGGUGCCUGCAGAAUGAAUGUGCUCGCUGCUCCUGUGUCGCUGCAUCCCCAGGAGAGUGAAGGACAAACCGGGGAGCGCUGGGCGACAUGGUUCCCUGGCUCAGACAAACCAGACAUGUUCCUGAAGCCACUGUCCUCCCCUGUGGCCCUUGCUGCCCGCCAGGCUGUGCUAGCCAGAGCUGGGGGCGGGGUGGCCACUGGCAGAACCCUCAGUCCUAGCCCCUCCCGCCGGCUCUCCUGCAGGCCAGCCUAGGGCCUGGGCAGCUGCUUGGUCCCAUUUGGUUUUUUGCUCAUUGUAGUUAGUGAUCAUGAAGAUGUCCAAGGAGAGGGUAUCUCUGCACUGUGAUGUUGAAUUAGAACUAAUUUGCUAAAACCAGGCCUCUCCUAAAAGGACAAGAAACUCAUUGUUUGACCCACCGGGGAACGAGGGAGGAGGUGAGACCAGGCCAUCCCUGUGCCCACCCCGGUUCCGAAGCCCAGGAUUCAGCCGGAGCCGCUGGCCGCGGUCCACCCGGAGAGCUCCUGGAAGUGAUUUAGGAAAUGAGUUGCUGUUCCCAGGAAUGACCAAGAACCCAGUUAAAACCCCACCCAGCCGGCCUCCCGUGGGUCACUGCGUCCCCGCCAGGUGCCGCCGGUGGCAGCGUAGUGUUGCUCUUCGGGCAGGGUGGCGUGGGAACGACGGCGGGCCUGAGUCUGUCCGACGAGGUCAGCGUGACGGUGCUGAGGACCGCGGGCGGCCCCGAGGCAGGGCCUUCCCGAGUGCGAAGGGCCGGUGCGUUCCCUCUGCUCGCCUGGCCUGGAGAGGCACUGGUUCUGCCGAGUGGGGACCGCCCUGGGCCUUCCAGAGCUGGGCAGGCAGUGUGUGUGGCCCAGGGGUGUGGGGUCUGUGUAAGAGGAAGCCCAUCCGGUUCCAAGGGGGCUGGCCUGGCGGCAGCCAGUGCGGUGGGCGCCCUCCCUGUCCCUGCGGGAAGCAUGUCUGACGGCAGCUGCUGGUGUGUAGGCUUCUCUCUGCUCAGUGAUGUGUCGCCUUGUCUUCCUUUUGGCUCUGUUCUCGUUUCAAACUGCUUUAGAUAUGACCCUCGGUGUGUGUGCCUCCCUCGCUGUCCCACCGUCAGUGCAGCCGCCCCGCUGGGACCUGGUAGAGGAAGAGGUCGGGGUGGCUGUGGCUGGAGCAGGCAGUGUCUCCACGCUGUCCGCCGCUGGGCUUCGCCGUCUGUGCUCGAGGAGCCUGCACGGUGCUGCCGGCAGUCGGGGAGCGUGCUGGGCCUCCCCACACCAGGCUCUCGGGAGGGACGGGGAAGGGCCUGUCUGUCCCUCCUGGCUCUCAUCUCGGCGCACCUCCCGGGGCGGUGGCGGGCGUGAGGCAGGUGGCUGAUCCAUUCCUUCCUGUGUUCUUCGCUGUAGCCCGUGCGGCACCGGCCUGGCUGCUUGCUUUGUUCCUUUGGCUGUGAGCCUUCCGCCUGUGGAAGUGGCGAAAGCUACAUUUUUACAGCCCGCCAGGCACGGUCAGUGCCGUCUGCGCUGCAGGUGUGGGCAGUGGUGUAUCCGUGUGUGUACAUAUGUGUAUAUGUAUAUAGCGUGCAGCAGGCCUCACUGCUGCUGUCCAGGGGCAAUGCAGCAAGUACAAUAAAAGUUGGCUCCAAAACAGCCUGGGCAGGAGGGGGUCCUGAGAGCUCUUCUGCUGGCUGCUCAGGAGACAGCGCUGACGCCGCCACGUACCUAGAGUUUGGGCAGCUGGCGGGGCGAGGUGCCUGGCCCACCGCAGUGUCAGCUUAUCCGGGGUGGGUGCCCAUCACCAUCCCGUCCUGUGUGACAUCUGGGAGGUGGUAGAAACCCAUUCCACUUUGGAACAUUUAAAACCAAUUUUCUAAGCAUCAGAUACAAUCAGUGACCAACUGCGUUCUAAACAGUCUGUUGGGACCACAGAUCGGCCCAGGGGUCGCGGAGAGGAGCAGGCCGUGCUGCGCCCCCAGGAGGAGCGGCCUGGUCCUACCACCCCUUAGACUUUGUUUCCCUGGAAAAUGGACUCGUUUCACACUAAGUGAGGGAGGCAGUUUGCACUGAAAUGUAUUGACGUUGUUUUUAAAACUUAAGUGCGAUGCGUGGGAAGCAUUGUCCGCGCUGGCUUUGCCCUGUGAGCAGAGCCUGGCAGAGCUGGGGUGCCCAGGCCCUGCUCCCACGUGCACACCUGAGGGCCAGGCGGGCGGGUUAGGAUGUUUCCCCACAGUGACCUCCAUCUUGUAUGUCUGAAUGUUGACCUAGAAUAAAGAUAACUGUUGUAAAAUAAAUGUUUUCACUGCA